AUGAAGUACCUCAGUGUUUUACUGUUAGCUGUAGCUGGCAUCGCUACUGUCGCUGCUCAUGGUAAAUACUACGGUCGUCUCGGUGGCUACAGGGGGUAUGGUUCAGGAUUUGGCGGUAUAGGCUAUGGAAGUUAUGGCUAUGGUCCGAUGUACGGUGGCUACGGGUAUGGUUCAUUAUAUGGUGGAUAUGGAGGAAUUGGCUAUGGAUAUGGCAGAUACGGUUAUCCAUCUUAUAGAAUUGGCUAUGGAUCUCUUUAUGGUGGUCUCGGCUACGGGUCUCUCUAUGGCGGACACGGUUCCUUGUAUGGGGGAUUGGGUUAUGGUUCACUGUAUGGUGGACGCGGUUAUGGUUCUCUCUACGGAGGUUAUGGGCACAGAUAUGGUGGAUACGGGUACAAGCACGGAAAGUAUCCACACUAUUAUUCCA